CUCCACUCCUCUCCCUCCCAUGAUCCCAUCAGGACUCGCACGUGUGAAGGCAAGCCCGGUUCACUUGGGCAUGAGGCCAUUGACGCCCACACCUUUGCUGAAUGGGGAGUGGACUACCUGAAAUACGACAACUGCUACAACGAUGGAACCCCAAACAAGUUGCGCUACACAGUCAUGCGCAAUGCACUGGAGGCCACAGGGAGGGACAUCUUCUUCUCCAUGUGUGAAUGGGGACAGGAUGACCCUGCUCUGUGGGCGUAUGACGUGGCAGACUCCUGGCGGACCACCGUUGACAUUGGGGACACGUGGAGGAGCAUGAUUCGGAUUGCAGACCUUAACAACAAGUGGGCCAAGUACGCCAAGCCAGGCGGGUGGAAUGACCCCGACAUGCUGCAGGUGGGGAAUGGCGGCAUGAGAGAGUCGGAGUACCGCGUGCACUUCAGCCUCUGGGCCAUCAUGAAGGCGCCUCUCUUGAUUGGCUGCGACCUCUCUCGUGUAUCAAAUGCGACACUGCGCAUUCUGGGGAAUGAUGAAGUCAUUGCUGUUAACCAAGACCGGCUGGGAGUGCAGGCAAGGAAGGUGCAAGUCUCUGAGGACAGCCUCAUAGAGGUUUGGUCCGGACCUCUGUCUGAGGGUCGGUGGGUGGUAGCCCUGGUGAAUCGCAGCCCAAUAAGCGCGAAGGUGACUGCCCGCUGGAAAGCGAUUGGCCUGAAUCCGGUGCAGCCGAUGUAUGCACGCGACCUUUGGAAGAAGGCAACCAUGGACAAGGUCAUCUCAGGGGCGCUGAGUGCUCGAGUUCCAAGUCACGAUGUGAGGCUGUUCCUCGUCUGGCCCGCCACUGAGACUCUGUAAGAGUGGCUGUGUCUCCACCCUGCUAUGUGUCCCUCUUGUGCAGAAGGCAACCAUGGACAAGGUCAUCUCAGGGGAACUGAGCAUUCGAGUUCCAAGCCACGAUGUGAGGCUGUUCCUCAUCUGGCCCGCCACGGAGACUUCGUCCAGCUGACCUUACAGACCAGUCCAACAAUGGCACGUGCAUCAGCAAUAAGCCUUGGGAGAUGUAAAGGUCUGGAUACAUUUUUAAUUAUGACAUUGAAAUGCACUUGGUGGAGAUCAUGUCGUACCAUACCAUACUCUCUACUGGUCGCAUCGUUGUUUUUGUCCAACAUAACAGCUUGCCUGUUGCAUGAACCUAAGCUGUGGGAAGGAGUGAUAAUGAAAUUUGCACCAGCGAGUUAUUUGCGAUAGCACAUGGAUGUAUAUACAC